AUGAAAAUCAAAACAACCAACACUGAGAGAGAUCAAGAAGUAGAAGACAAAAGAGAUGAUGAGAAACCCUGCAUUAUUCUACAAUUGCCCGACCACAUAAUCCUGGAGAUCUUCUGUAGAAUCCCAAUAAACACGGUCAUCCAAUGCAAGUAUGUAUGCAAGUCUUGGCGCCGUUCUCUCACAGACCAAGAGUUCUCAAAAUCCCUAUUUGCACGUACUCCGGCGUGCUUGUUUCUCCAAGACUAUAGUAGGACCCCAUGCCGGAGGCAAAACACCAUACGUCAUCGUAUACCCCCGAAUAAGCACAUCUUGGCCAACUUGCAAAGCGUCUCGAGCCCAAACAACGUGGUCUUGAAGCUUUCAGAUCCCAAUGCCUUAUACAACAGGCUCCAUUCAAGUGUUACAGGUAUUAUGGGAUCCUGCAAUGGCUUCCUCUGCUUAUUCCGCUAUAAUUGUAAAAUUGGUGCUUUCAUUUUUAACAUAUCCAAUCCCAUUACCGGCGAGUCUGUACCUCUUCCAGUCAAUAAAGAAAUAGGCCGUCCGGCUCACUUUGGGUUUGGGUUUAGUCCCAUAAGUGAUGUCUAUAAGGUGGUUGUGUUUACAUCCAAUGAAGAUAAUGAACAUCGCUUUCACAAAAGAAAAUUGGACGUGAUGGUUUUGACUGUUGGCUCUGGGAUUUGGAGAAGAAUUGGCAAAGUAUCCAAUGUCAUGCAUGGAACACGAGAAGGGGUCUUUCAUAAUGGAUUUCUUCACUGGGUUUGCCACUGUAGAAAAGGUUGUCACUUUUUCAUUCGUGCAUUUGAUGUUGAAAGCGAGCGUUUCAAGGAUUUACCAAUGCCCCCUUAUUAUUUCCGUCCCGAUUCUAUACCUCAAAUGCGAGUCUUAGGAGGUUCACUUUCUGUAAGUGAUGGCCGCACGUUUUGGGUAAUGAAAGAGUACGGCGUCAAGAGGUCUUGGACCAAGGAGCUUGUAAUUGGACAUGAUACAAUUGAUCCUAAUGACGCAUAUGGGUCCUAUAUACGAUAUGUUUCAGUUUUGAAAUUUACAGAGGGGAAAGUUUUGUUGUUAGCAAACACUAAUUUGUGCCUCUAUACUCCUGAAACAAGGACCCUUGAGAGGGUUGAAAUUGAUGGGAUGCCACCAGGGGGCUUCCAUUUCGUGGCAGACCAUAUUCCAAGCUUUGUUUCUCCGAAGGAUAUUAUCAAGGAUUACGUCUCCAAAGUACCUAGUUAA